UAUGACCAGCAGUCAACUCCACCCAGGAAGGUAACUCAUACACAGAAUCUUUGGAGGAUCAGAGGGUCCUAAGCUGCUUCUGAGACUUCAUCAGUGCUUUAGGGAAGAGACGCUGGGAUUUAGAUUUAACUAGUGCAACUGGAAUACAGCAAUAAUGCCUUCCACUAAGAAGACUCUGCAUUUUAUGUGCAGUGCGCUGGCUACUGCCUUGUCUGUUGGGGUGAUGGGGUACUGCAUGUCAACACAGUGGGCUACAAUGACCAUGGAGUGCGCAAGAAUUGGAAGUAGCUUCUUCAAUGGAACUGCUGUGAUCACUUUGGAGCUUUUUGUUGGGAUUUUAAACAGAAACUUUUGCCCGUCGUUCGGAGGCCAGGAUCCUUUUCAAGUGAUCCCUAAAUUGGUAGAAACGGGAGUUACCCCUGUAGUCCUCCACGCUUUGGUUUUGUGCCUGUUGGCCCUGUGUCUGCUGUUUUCUGCCUGCAGCAUCCUUAUCUCCCUCUACAACAGUGUCAGCAAUCCUUAUGAGACCUACAUGGGGCCUGUUGGCGUCUACGUCUGCAGCGCGCUCAGCGCAUGUUUGUCAGUUGUGGUCCUCAUAAUAUUUGUGGUGAACGUCACUGUGACCAGCAUGGCAGAGGACGUGGUAAAGAACUUUUCCGAAGAUGCAGACCUAAGGAACAAAUCUUCAGAGAUGAAGCUAGGAUACUACCUGGUCAUCCUUUAUACAUUGCUCUCUCUUCUUGCCAUUGCUUUGAUCUACAUGUACGACCACGCAGCCUAUACACACAGGAGAGAACAGCAGAGGCCUACAGAGGACGCACCCAAGGAGAUAAUGAUGUAUUAGUGGCCUGCAAUGGAGUCAGUUUUCUGUGACAUUGAUAAAUCGCUCAUCAAGACUUUCUGUUGUAACUUAUACUGUAAUGGAGAAUUACAGACAGAAAUCAUCAGCUAUACAUAAAGCCAAUGGCAUUAUUUCAUGUGUUAUGUGUCUAAAACAAUAUUUUGCAUAAAAUAAGUGAAUGUAAAUAAACAAAUGAGAUAAGGUUGUAUAUUGUUUUUAAGGAUGGCUUUUUUUUAUUGUAGCCAAUUUGGAAUUUGCAUUUUUGUCAUUUAAUGCUCCAGAUUUACUGAAAGAAUGGACCAUAAACAAGGAUAAAGCAUA